GUGAUGAUGGCGGUUCGUGAACGCGCAGUAAAAGUAAUGGCUGCUCUGGAUCGGCGGGUUCCUAGCCUCGAUGAUUUCGUGGGUCAAAGCUGGACUGCCUGGGCCGAUUGGGCGGGCAUGACGCCGGCGGAUGGGCCUGAUGUGGAUGACUGCAAUAAGAAUGGCAAAAAGGCUGCAGAGGCAAUGUCACUCAGUAAAGAGGACAUGUCCAUCUUUGGCCUCUACCCCGGCCAUGACGACUUCUACCUGGUGGUUUGCAGCCACUGCGGGCAGGUCGUGAAGCCGCAGGCCUUUGAAAAUCACUGCGAGCGGAGACACGGGCCUGUGGCCAAGCUGUACGCCCGCUUACGCUCUCCCACCCCGGCACCGCAACCCCAACAGAGAAGCCAUCACGGCCCCUCUCCUCCUCAUGGGACCAACGCUGCUUCGUGGGAGGGUCGAAACCAGGGAGUCGGGCAGCUCCGGGCGGCUCCGCCUUCACCCGUCACACCACCACAGUACAGAUACUCGAAGACCUCCAAGGACGGAGUGCGACACUCCCCACUGGAGAAGUCCCACAGCAGUCACUUUGACUCUUCGGUGUUCAAGCAGCCACCACCUCUCGAGCCUCCCAUGAGCUCCCCGCCUCCGUCUCUCAGAGACCCCCCGUGGCCACACGGAGCUACUCCGCCUGGUAGAUCUUCACCCAGUGACAGGCACCCCACAGUGAGAAAGGAUUCCACUCAGACCUCCGCUGCCACACGCCACCGCAUCCCCAGACCCUACAACAAAGUGGCUUCCAAGAGGAAGUGCGACUUGGACAAACACUGCGGCGUCCUUGACCCCGACAGGAAGAAAGUGUGCACCCGCCUCCUGACCUGCAAUAUUCACUCCAUCCACCAGAGGAGGAAGGUGGUGGGCCGCAGCAAGAACUUCGACCAGCUGGUGGCAGAACUCAAGACCAGGGUUCGAGAGAAAGGGAGCCAAGCCCUGGAGGGAGGCUCCUCGACGGGACAGUCCCUCAGCCCAGAGGCCCCCAGGGAGCAAGCUGGUACUCCACACUGCAGGAGACCUUUGGUCACCCUCCCUGCCUUCAGUUGGCCUACGGCUGUGGUAGAGAGCGCCCCAGAGGAGGAGAGCCAGCGGGCGGAGGAGGGUAAUCCCAGAGUCCCCUCACCUCUGGUCCACGGACGGAUCUCGAGCGACGAAAGCGAGGCAGAAGGAAACGACGAGCGAGCUGAGUUUCCAUCUUCGGCUGCACAUCCCAGACCAGCGGCGGUGAGACGUCCUUACUGGGCAUGGCCGUGCUGUCAGACGCUGCUCAUCUGUUCUUUUCUCCCUCUGUGCAGGAAAAUACCUCAAGCUGCAGACCUUCAGUCUCCUCCCCCUUCAGCCAAGACCAUCACAGCCGUGUCCGCCACCAUCAUGUCCUCCUCUUCAUCACAUUCUAAGGUUCGCACAGGAAGUCAUAUUAGCUCCUCCCUCAAAACGGCGUCAUCCUCAUCAUCUUCCAGUCGAGGGCCGGGGAGGCCCCCGACAUCCACGCAGUUGGAGAACUACGGGAGCAACAGCAGCAGCAUCAUGGUUGGUAGUCACGGCGCGCCUGCGGCGGCGCGCUACGCCAGCCCCGGGCGACCCAAGAAUCCAGUCGGACGUCCCAGCAAACAAAUGUUGAAGCUGCGAGAGCAAGUCGCCACGGCCGCCGUUCUCCGCAAGCGCAAAGUCCCAUCCCAGGAAGGAGAGCACUCGGGUCCCGACAGGAACUGCAUCGUCCUCCAGGACAGGGGCCGCCCGCCUUCCAACACGUCGUCUUUAUCUUCCAAAGCGCACGCACAGACCAACGGCACGCUCUCCCCCAGCAGCAAACCCCACCCCCAGCCUUCCCCCACAGACGCCCAGUCACCGACCACAAAGGCUAUUUGGACUUACAGACGGACACACCCCCCUCUGGGAGACCCUUCUCCCACCACCAAUUCCCACAGCCGCGUGGGAGACUCAGGGCUGCACGGGCAGGGCAGUGGGAGGGUCUUUGAGCACCAAAUGGUGAAGAAACGCAAAGCCGGUCGUACGGAGGAUAGCGCUCCCUCCUCUAAGCCUUCAGCCCACUGCCUGACUUCCUCCUCUUCUUCCAGCUCUGCCACUUCGUCUCCACGCUCAAACUUCUACCCCUGGAAAGACAAUAAAAGCGGGACGCUUUCUGGGGGUGUGGAGAAGAAGCUGGGCACACAGAAGCCAAAACUGCACCAUUAAGUGUGCCUGCCUUACAAGCCACGAUGAGGGAGCCAGCUCUGCUCAGUCCAGGACUGAGCCAACAGGACUGUGUGUGUCUGUGUGUGCCUUCUGUCUGUGUGCGCUCAGGUGUGAAUGUGUGUUUGUAUGUGCGGCGUCGAUGUAGUGUGGAUCGCAGCUGGGUGUGUGGGUCUGGGUGGGAGGAAGUUCAGAGCGUAUGGAUUUAGAAAUACCUCACGACCAUCUGGUUAUGCUGCUAAAUGAAAUGUUGGUUUAUAAACAUUGAUUAAAAAUGUCAUUUUCA